GCAGACGGCAGCGCGAGAGACGACCAACUGGAGCUACGUGUGAAGAGCUGAGGGCCAUGGGUACCCUCACGAAAUUUAUUAUAAUAAGGUCAGAACGGCUAAUACGUUAAGCAUGAUACCUACAGUUUGGUAUAAAUAGGAGGGUUACGUUUACUCCACAAUUAUGGCUGACAGUAACGAGGAAAGUGAAACUGGGGAAGUUUUUAUUUCCGUAACAGAGGCGUUAAAAUUGAUAAAUCAACCAUUUGAUGGUACAAAAAACAAACUCAAAGAAUUUUGCGAUAAUGUUGACACGGCUUUUGAUCUGGUGAACCCAGAACGUCAUAGAGUGCUGUUAAAGUUUGUAAAAUCAAAAAUAGUUGGGGACGCGAAAGCCAAAAUUUUAGUCCGCGAAAACACUGAUACUUGGGAAGAGGUAAAAGAAAUUUUAGAGGAGAAUUAUGCGGUUCGCAGAACUUUAGAUUUCUACGCUUGUCGGUUAUUUAAUGCUCGACAGGGAUCACAUGAGCCUGUUGUAAACUGGGGUAGCCGAGUCGAUACAAUGGUAACUGAACUUAAGGAGGCGGCCUUAAAGGUAUGCACCCGCCCGCAAGAAAACGGGGCAAUGGCCUUAAUACAACAUUUGGCUAGAGCCUGCUUCGUACAAGGGUUAUCUGUUGAAAGAAUUCAAACAGUUAUUCGGAGCAAGGGCGCUCAAAUUGAGACUCUAGGGUUAGCUGUAGAAUCGGCACUAGAGGAGGAGUCGAAUCUUUUGUCUCUUAAGGAGAGAAUUAGACCCCCAAUGUUAAAAGUAGGAGAUACGGUAACAAGAAGGCCCAGUUGCUCGAAUUGCGGAAAAGGCGGACACACACUAGAAAAAUGUUUCUUACGAAAACCCGAUAAAAAUAAAGGAUGGAAAAAAUAUGUACACGUAGGAGAGCUAUUUUGUAAAAAUUGUAACACUACAGGACACACAGACGCGAAUUGUCGACGUAAACAAAGAGAUGACAGAAAGACUUUUCAGCCCUACAAAGAGGAGAGAAACAGGGGAAACUCCACAUGCUUUGAGUGCGGUAAACCGGGACAUUAUGCCCGAAACUGCUUUAACAAAUACGGAAAAUACAACAAUACCAAUUUUGCAAAAGGAAAUGAUUACCCAAAUCAGUACAGGUAUGACCAAAGAAAUCACAAGGAAUUAGGAUAUAUUAACAAAGGAGGGCGAGAGGAUAGACCUUCCUAUACUGAAUCGCGAUUAUGGAAACAUGGGGAAAACGCGGGAAACUAAAAAGGGGGCAUUACGAGCAGCGGUGUAUGCACCCUAAGGAGCCAAACACAGACAGCUGCAAUAGAAAAUCUAGAAUAGAGUAUGAACAAAGUAACGACGAUGCUAUCUGUACCAAGAGUAGUAUAGUUUCUUUAAAGCUAGACGAAAUACGUGAAGCAGUAGACUGCCUUAUAGACACAGGGUCCGACAUAACACUAAUCAGAGAGAAUGUUCUAAAUAAGAGUAUCCUAUCGACCAGUGAUAAAAAGGAGAAAACUAAGAUUCGCGGUUUAGCCACCGAUGUAAUGCCUACAAAAGGGACUGUUAAUUUAAACUUUUGUUUACCAUCUUCCACAGUAAGAUAUAAAUGCCACAUUAUAGAAUCCUGUCCUCAUGCAUGUAUUUUGGGCAAAGAUUUUCUAAGUUUUACUAAAUCUGUUGUUGAUUUCGAAUAUAAUAGACUGAUAAUCAACAAGGAGCAAAUCCCCUUUUGUGAAGAAGAUCAUGCUGUCAAAAAUAUGAGAAUUCAUGUACCAGCUAGGUGCGAAAAAAUAGUGCAAUUAAAUGCUAGCAACGAAGGAUUAGGACUAGUAGAAAAACGAGAAAUAGAAAAGGGAGUUUAUCUAGGAGAUGGAUUGACGGAAGUGAUAAAUGGCAAAUGUUUAUGUUCUAUAUUAAAUACUAACGAACACGAAGUAGAAGUAGAUAUGCCCGUCGUUGAAUUAGAGGAAAUACCCUCUACAGCGAAAUUGUUGAGUAUUCAAAAUUCCGAUAGGGAAAGGAAAGAGAAAUUGGCAUCGAUGUUAAGGGUAGAACAUCUACACGACACAGAGAAAAAGCAAUUGCUAAAAUUAUGGAAAGAGUUUGUAGACAUUUUUCACUUGCCCGGUGAUACACUCACAUGUACGCCGACCAUUGAACAUAGUAUCCCUACAGGUGCUGAGACGAGGCCCAUUAAUGUAAAACCAUAUCGUAUUCCGGAAAUUCACAAGGAGGAAAUUAAAAAACAAGAGACACAGAUGUUAGAACAGGGUAUUAUCAAACCCAGUCUGAGCCCUUGGAACGCGCCUAUAUUAGUGAUUCCAAAAAAACGAGACGCUUCCAAUCAACAGA